GGCUACAAGAAAGUUUAAAACGUUAAAUAGGGAGGUCAAAUGAGUUCACUGGGCAAGAAAGUUUCCUUGCCCAGUGUCGCCUGCUCAAGUUGAUUUUCCAGGUCCACUCUUUCGUGUAUCUCCUGCGAAUUGAAGCCUCUUCCUGCAACUCCUUUCCAAUUCCAUGGCGAAAAGAGCCGUGCGAUACGCUGUGAUCGAUGCGUUCACUAGUGCGCCGUUCAAGGGGAAUCCGGCGGCCGUGUGCCUCCUCGACACUCCGGAGGACGCGGCGGCGGGAGACGAGUGGAUGCAGUCGGUAGCCGGAGAGUUCAACAUUUCCGAGACCGCUUUCCUCUCUCGCGCCGUCGAUGUGGAGUCUGAUUGCCCGACCAACGGCGCUUGCGGUCCCCGAUUCCAUCUCCGAUGGUUCACUCCCGUCGCGGAGGUAGAACUUUGUGGCCAUGCAACUUUAGCAGCUGCGCAUUUUCUCUGGUCACAUGGUCUAGUUAAUAGUGAAGUAAUUUAUUUUUCAACCAAAUCUGGAACACUGACAGCCAAGCGAGUUGUUUCCUCCAAUAUUUUCGAUGCAAUAGAUGUUUCCUCAACCAAAGCUCAAAAGUUCUUCAUUGAGUUGGAUUUUCCAGUGCUUCCGGUAGCAGAAUGCGAUGCUCCUGAGACACUAUCGAUUCCGGUUACUUUGAAUGGUGCUUCCAUCAUCAAUGUUCAGAAAUUUGGCGCUGAUGAACAGCUCAUGGUCGAGCUUUCUUCUGCAAAGGAUAUUCUCAAUCUACAACCAAAUUUUGAAGAGAUUCAAAAGUGUGCUGGAGGUGCUCUUGUCGUAACCACAUCUGCUCCUGCCAAUUCUGAAUUUGACUGCUUUACUCGUUAUUUCUGCCCCAAGUUUGGAAUUAAUGAGGAUCCUGUUUGUGGAAGUGUGCAUUGUGCUUUGACACCCUACUGGAGUAAAAAACUGGGGAAGAACAGACUCGUCGCAUACAUGGCUUCUCCAAGAAGUGGGAGACUCGACCUUGAACUGAUCGUCGACACUCAAAGAGUACUCAUUCGAGGAGAAGCUGUGACUGUGAUGACCGGAACUUUGUUAGUCUAAUACUAUAGUUGUUAAAGGCUAAUCCAAGCUAUUUGGAUCUAGACUAGCUGAAUAAAUCAUUUCACGUAAACAUAUUUUAUCAUCGUGAAAAUCAUUAUUUAUCUAAACCAAAUGUAAGAAUUCAAAUGAAGUAUGUAUUUCCCUUCUGUGUUGCAAGUCACGCCAGAGGUGUCAGGCCGGUAACCCUCGAUUUUCAAUCUCCA